AUGGAUAAAUUGCUUCAACUGGGGCGCCGGGCCCUAUUCAGGGCUCCCUCUCCUCCUCGGAUCAUCAGAAACAGCGGAUUUAGCAUUUUAGAUCCAGCAGUCAAAUUUGAAGAGGAGAAUAUGCUAGCUUUUGAAAAAGGUCUUUUCUAUCCUGUUUAUAUCGGUGAAACAUUGAAAGGCAGAUACCAGGUACUGAGCAAGCUUGGAUAUGGUGCAAAUUCCACUGUCUGGUUAUGUCGCGAUUUACAUAAACACAAGUAUACAGCACUAAAAAUCCUCAUACACAACUCAAAAUCAGAGCAUGAAACAAAAGUUUUAGAGUAUCUUGCAUCAUUAAAGUCCUCACACCCCGGCAAAUACAAAAUUAGAACAAUGCUUGAUGCAUUUGAGAUUAGUGGGCCAGAUGGCCCCCACCAAUGUCUUGUGCAUGAGCCGCUUUUGAUGAGCGUACAACACCUCCAGGCUUCAUUCCUUGAUAAACGGCUAACAGAAGAUAUGCUCAAACCAUUACUCCGGGAGCUCUUUACUACGCUUGAUUAUUUACAUUCUGAAGCCCAUGUCAUCCAUACUGAUAUUCAAGCUAAGAAUAUUAUGGUCGGCACAAAAGAUAUGUCUGUCUUCGCGGAAUGGGAGAGUCAAGAAAACGAGAACCCCACGCCCCGGAAAGAUGUUGAUAAGUACACAGUCUAUCGAUCUCGGCCAUUUUACCCAAAGAAAGGCUGGGGAGCUUGGGGUUUGCCAUUACUAUCUGACUUUGGGGACGCCCGUAUUGGUGAUGGGGAGCAUGAAGGCCUUAUACAACCAGGCCCAUACCGCGCCCCUGAGGUUAUGUUGGGAAUGAAAUGGACAGAAAAAGUGGACAUCUGGAAUGUUGGUGUUUUGAUUUGGGAUCUAUUUGAAGACGACUAUAUGUUCGAUGGUCUAGGCCCUAAUGGAAAGCAUUCCAACGCCCAUUUAUUAGCUGAAAUUGUCUCAUUACUGGGGCAACCACCACCUGCAUUUCUCCAAAGAAGCAAGGAAAGCCUCAAAUACUGGGAUGAAUCAGGCACUUGGAGAGGACUUGUUGAAAUUCCGAAUAAUUCUCUUGAGGAUUCGGAUAAAUACAUGAAGGGCAGAAAUCAAGAAAUUUUCAUGGAAUUCAUGCGAAAGAUGCUAAGAUGGGUUCCAGAGGAGCGACAGAGUGCAAGGGAGCUCUUGCGAGACCCGUGGCUGAAUAGUUGA